AUGGAAAAGCCGCUUAGAGACAUCCAAAUGACCCAUAUCAAGUAUCUAAUACUGGCAUCUAGGCAGGGGAAGGUAAGAUUAACAAAAUGGUUCUCCCCAUACUCUCCAAAGGAAAAACAAAAGAUUGUUAAAGAACUAACUCCGAUGAUACUAGCGCGAAAAGCAAAAAUGUGCAAUAUAGUCGAGUAUUCCGAUCACAAAGUAGUUUACAGAAGGUACGCAAGCUUGUAUUUCAUUUGUGGUGUGAUGCCUGAUGUGGAUAAUGAACUGCUGACGCUCGAGAUCAUCCACCGCUAUGUGGAGACAAUGGACUCUUAUUUUGGAAACGUAUGUGAAUUAGAUAUUAUUUUCAAUUUCAGUAAAGCCUAUGAUAUAUUGAAUGAGAUUUUGAUGUGUGAUGGUUCGAUGGCAGAGUCUAGCAAAGCGGAUGUGCUUAAACAUGUAAUGACAAUGGAUUCGAUGGAAGGUAACGAUAACUUGGAUAGAGUACUGAGUUAG